UCCACGCUCUGUCACUCGCCCAUCUUGUUCUUCUCUCUGUGUGUCGCUCGCUGGGAUCGCCGGCUCGCCGUUUCCCGUAUCCUCCACCUUCUUCAAGGCUCGGAUCGGAGGGUUCUCGCCACCUUCUAGGGUUUCAGGAACUCGAUUUUGGCGCGCGCCGGUGGAUUCUAGGGUUUUGGAGCAGUUCUUGAUGCCAUGGAGGGGCUUCGCGGAGGCGUGGAGAUAUUGGAAGGUGGAAAUUUGGGAAGGCGAGAGUUUGGGUUCGUUCUUUGAGUCGUAUUGGGCAAUGCUGGAUGAAAUCUCAGCUCUUUCUAGGGUUUUUCCACUGGAUGGGAAGUGGAGACGUUUCCAAACCCUAGUUGCUGUUCGAUGUGGAGCUUAGGGUUUCAUCUGUGUCGGUUUGAGCAGUGGAUGGAUUUCGGAGCCUUCACCAUUGGUUUCAUGUGUGGUUUGGUUCGAAGGAAGAGAGAUUCAUGACGCUUCUUUUGGAGAAAAGGAAUCUGGGGACAGAGAGAGGAGUUUGAGCUAGGACCUUUGAAUCAAGCCCUAGGCAUGUUAAAAAUUGGAGAAAAUAAGAGAUCUUUGUGAGCAUUUGGGCUGAGAUCGGAGGAUAAGCGAGUAGUUUCUCCAAUGUCCGGUGCCCCGAAGGUCCGGUCCGUGAACGUGGAGGAUGCUGAGGUGAGGCCAAUCCUUGGGCCCGCUGGAAAUAAAGCAAGGUUGGCAGGUACGGCUCGGAAGCCUGCUUUGAAGCCUGUGCGGAAGGUGGAGAGAGCAGAGGCUGGGGCAACAGAGGAGAAGAAGGCCUCCCCGCGAGCAGUUGAUUCGCCACCUCUAACACCAACUUUAAGUGCUUCCUCGGUUCUACGGAGGCACGAGCUGCUUAUCCGCUCCAAUUUGUCGCUCAAUGCUUCUUGCUCCUCGGAUGCUUCCACUGAUUCUUUCUGCAGCCGGGCGUCCACGGGGAGGAUUGGGAGGCUGAGUCUCACUAGUCGCCGAAGGCAGAGCAUUCCCAAGCCAGAAAAGAUUUCCGUGAAGCUGGAAAAGAUUGUUCCUGAUGGUGUCUCAUUGCCUUCGCCAGAAAUUGUGCAGGGAAAGAGGAGGUGUGCAUGGGUGACAGCAAAUGCUGAUCCUUGUUAUGCUGCCUUUCAUGAUGAAGAGUGGGGAGUCCCAGUACAUGAUGAUAAGAAACUGUUUGAGCUGCUAGUACUAUCAGGUGCAUUGGCUGAACUUGCAUGGCCUGCAAUUCUCAGCAAGAGACAUAUAUUUAGGGAGGUUUUCAUGGAUUUUGACCCAGAAUUGGUUUCUAAAUUAAAUGAGAAGAAGCUUAUUGCACCAGGAAGCACUGCCAGCUCGCUUUUAUCAGAGCCAAAGCUGCGCGUCAUCAUUGAAAAUGCUCGCCAAAUACUCAAGAUCAUAGAGGAGUUUGGAUCGUUCAAUAGAUACUGCUGGAGCUUUGUGAACCAGAAGCCCAUCGUGAGCAGAUUUCGCUACCCACAUCAAGUCCCGGUAAAGACUCCAAAGGCAGAUGUUAUGAGCAAAGACUUGGUGCGAAGGGGUUUCCGGAGUGUCAGCCCAACGGUCAUCUACUCCUUCAUGCAGGCCUCAGGGAUAACCAAUGACCACCUCAUCCGUUGUUACAGAUUCGAGGAAUGUGUAGCAGCUGCUACAUCGGUAGAUGGGGAUGGAGGCAAUGCUAUCAGGGCUAAUCAUAAGGUGGAGGAGAAUAUGAAGGCAGCCGAGAAGGUGGGGAAUGUGGACUUGGAUUUGUCUGGAACUGUGGAUGGACUGAGCAUCUCAUAGCAAAUGGGGGCAGGGUAUUGGGUGGCUCUGGAGCUUAUAAUAUUUUUGUACAAUUAGACUGGCUGGUGGCUUGCCCUUGCUAGGGAAUGAGAUGGUCCUUCGUGUAGAUAUUUGUGAAUUUUAUGCAAUCUUGGUUUGUAGAUGUCAUUGGUGUUGUGAGAGGAAGUAUACAUGUACUCUUAUUUGUAGUUUUUGUUGUUGCUGUUGUUCUGGGGCGGGGUGAGAUUCUUUAAACAAUCGGAGGGCUCAGUGUUACCUGCAAAGUGGGUAUGGCAAGUCAAGCUAUUUGACGGUUUUCGGUGCUAUUGAAUGAAGGUCAGAAAAGUAGAACAGAACUUGCUGA